AUGGCGGCAACGUCCGCAUCACAACCAGGCGCGAGCGUCAUCGGCCAGGCGCUCGUCGACUUUUCGACGCAAGGCCUCUUCCCAGCCGACAACGACGUGGCCACGGCGGCUCUGCGCCCCGAGACGCUCCCCGACGCGAUCCGCGUACUGUCCGAUGCCAAGACGGCACUCGAGACCGAGAUCCAGUCGAUUGUCCACGACACGGCGGGCGACGUGCAGGCGUGGAUCGACAACGCCAAAGCGCUGCAGGUGGCCAUUGCGCGGCGGAAGACGCUGGCGGGCGACAUUCUCGUGCGGGCGAACGACGGAGACGGCGUGCGGUCCAGUGAAGGUGGGAUUAGGAAUGCAGGCGGGGGGCAAACAACGCAAUUGCAGACCCCGGCAGAGGCCGAGGCCGAGGCACACGCGCAGUUCCUGACGGGCGAGCUCAACUACAACCUGCAGGUGCGCUACCUGCUCGAGGCCAUCCACAGCGUCAGCCGGCUGCUGGACGACGUCGAGCAGGCCGCGGCGCAGCGGCGCAUCCUGGACGCGCUGCGGCUGCUGGAGCGCGCGUGGGGUGCGCUGGACGCGAUGCCGGUGAGCAAGUCGUGCCGCGCGAUGCGGCUGCUGGACCUGCGGGCGUUUGAGCUCAAGGCGGACGUGCACCGCGUGUUCGACCACGUGUGGAGCGCGCUGGUGCGUGUCCAGGCGGACGAGCGGCAGGCGACCCUGACAAUCCACGAGACGCGGCCCGACGAGCCCAUGAGCCUGUCCGACGCCGUCAUUGGGCUCAAGGCGUACAAGGAGGUCGACCGGCGCAUGGUGGAGCUCUGGCACGCGCUCGACAAGGCCAUUGUAGCACCGCGCACCGACCUGUCACAGCCCCGUCCGUCGCGGCCACGCAUCUACGUCGACGGCGCGGAGCUGGGCAUUCGCGAGCACAGCCCGUCAGAGAACGAAGCGGGACGUGACGGUGUGGCCGCACUGUUCGAGGACCUCGACACGAUGUUCUCAUUCUUCGCCGACAAGCUGCCGGCCGACCUCGUCCAGUCCAUCUCCUCGGUCAUGAUGCCAGAGCUCGUGGCCCGUGUCAUCGAUGUCUGGCUGGCGUCGUCGGUCCCCACAUCUCUGGACCAGAUGGCCGCCUUCGAGGGCACGUUGCAAGCGGCACAGGGGUUCUGUGCACGUCUGACGGACCUGCACUACACCGGAUUCGGCCGCCUGCAGGAGUGGAUCGAGAGUGCACCACGCGUCUGGCUCGCCAAGCGCAAAGAAGCGGCCCUCAACACGGUGCGGAACAACGUGGCCAAGGGCCUCGGCAAGCCACUGCAGGUUGAGAGGAUCGAGAAGCAGAUGGUCUCGCGGUCCGAGGGCAAGGAGCUCGCUGCCGCGCCGGCUGCCGCCACUGGCACAACAGAACAGGCGACCGACUGGGAUACAGCCUGGUCCGACGAAGAAGACGAAGAGCAAGAACAAGACUCAAGACCAGCAGCAUCAACAAAAGCCAGCACCUCUAAAUCAACCGCCACGGCCAAGGACGAUGGAGACGAUGGAGCCGAUGCGUGGGCUGCCUGGGGCGACGACGACGAUGCUGCGGCUGAGCUAGAGGAAGAGGCCGCGGAAGAAGAGGCGGUACCAGAGCCGUCAGAACCGAAGGCAGCAGGCAAAGAGAGCCCGGAAGACAACAAUGACGAUGACGAUGCGGCGGAUGCUUGGGGCUGGGGCGACGACGACGGCGGAGAGGACAAUGACGAGCCAGCAGAAGCCAAGCCGCCGUCACCAAAAAAGGCAAAGAAGGAAGCACCGUCCACAUCCACAACAAAAGCACCACCAGCGGCACCAAACGAACCGCACGACACCGCCAUACGAGAAAUGGUCAUGAAGGAAAAGUACCACAUCUCGUCGAUGCCCGGCCCCGUGCUCGACCUCAUCACGUCCAUCCUCGAGGACGGCGUCGCGCUGACCUCGGGCGCCUACGAGGGCAGCUCUGUGUCGGCUGCCGGCGCGGGCCUGUUCAGUCUGCCGGCGCUGGCCCUCGCCAUGUUCCGCGCUGUCUCGCCGCACUCUUACGCGCACGACGUCGGCGGCAGCAUGUACCUCUACAACGACGCCAUGUACCUGGCCGAGCGCCUGGGCGAGGUGGCCGCUGCAUGGACGGACCGUCUUCCGCCUGCAGCCGCGUCGAUGCUGCGUCUCGAUGCCGAGGUGGCCAAGCUGCAGGGGUUUGCCAGCCGCGCCUACGGCCGCGAAAUGGCCGUGCAAAAGACGGUGCUGCGCGACCUGCUUGGGGGCGACCAGAACGUCCUGCAGGAGAGCGGCGGCGGCGGCAGCAGCAGCCGCGGCUACCCGUCGCACCAAGAGAGCGACGAGGACGCCGACGACUACGUGGACGCCGCCGUGGCGCGCGUGCGGUCGAUGGCGGCGGCCUGGGAGGACGUCCUGGCGCCGUCGGCGUGGUCGCAGGCCGUCGGCGCGCUGGCCGACGCCGUGGCCCAGAAGCUGAUUGCGGACGUGCUGGACAUGCCGUCCAUCAGCCAGGACGAGGCGUUUAGCCUGGCGAACCUGAUUCAGAAAGUGACGGAGCUGGACGACCUGUUCCGGCCGCCCGUCGACGAAGGCGAAGGCGACGCGAGCAUCCCCAUGACGUCGCAGUACGCGCCCAACUGGCUGCGGCUGCAGUAUCUGUCCGAAGUGCUGCAGUCCAACCUGCGCGAGGUGCGCUACCUGUGGAUGGAGAGCGAGCUGAGCCUGUACUUUACGGCCGAGGAGGUCGUGGACCUGCUGCGCCUGAGCUUCGAGGACAAUGCGCGGUCGCGCGAGGUGGCCCGCGAGAUUGCCGCCAACCCACACCCAGUCGACGUGUCGUCUGCGGGGUGA